AUGUGGUUUGCCUUGCUCAUGGCUUUGGGAAUCUCGCUGCCACCCCUAAUCCCAAGCAUCCCUGGUGUCACCGAACCUCUCUAUGACAUCGUCCCCCCAUUGCCCAUCAUCCAAGUCCCUCUGCCACCCCUCGACAGCCCUCCCUUCACUGCCAGCGACCUCAAGCCCAAGAAGAUCGGCUACUUCUGGACUGGCGCUGGCGACAAGAGACACAAAGAUUUCCUUGCUACGUACAGCUUGGACGACGAUACCUUCGGCCAGCUCAUCUAUGUUACGGAUGUCCCCAGCAGCGGCAACGAUCCCCACCAUUUGGGCCCAUCCCUCGAUGGCAAGACCUUGGUAGGAGGAGGGCUGCUGUCCCUGCUCAAGCUUCAGGACACUGCCUUCUACUUUGACACCUCCAACCCCUAUCGUCCCCAAUUCCUGAAGAGCAACCGUGCUCUCUUGUCGUCCAUCACAGACGAGAUCCGCGCCAAGCCAGAUGGCGGCUUUUUCAUCACCUACAUGGGCUCUGCUGCUGGCACCUCCCCUGGCCGUCUCGUCGAGACCGACGCCAACUUCAACGUCAUUCAUGAAUGGCCUGAGGAUGUCGAAGGAACUCUCAACAUUCUGGGAGAGCAAUUCUCGCCCCAUGGUCUGAGCAUUGACUUCGAGAAGGACAUCAUCCUGACCUCGGACUUUGUCGUCCCCGUCACCAUCCUCAAGCCGACUGUUGGCAUCGCACGUGCCAACACGCUUCGCCUGUGGGAGCUGUCGUCCCGCAAGAUCAUUAGCACCAUUGAGAUCCCUGAUGGUGGCGGCAUCCAGGAUGUCAAGUUCAUCCCCGGCAACCCCGAGUCCGCGGCACUCGCAACUGCCGUGCACCUGGGACAGGUCUGGAUCAUCUAUCCCUUCCGCAAGGGUGCGAAUGGCAAGCAGGGCGUUGCUGAGCUGCUGUACGACCUCGGGCCCAGAGCUCGUGAUGUCAUUGCGAUCUACUCCGACAUCUCGCAAGACGGUCGCUUCGCCUACUUCACGCUGACCACCUCCAACCACAUCGCCGCGCUCGACAUCUCCGAUCUGAACAACGUCAAGCGUCUCGACGACCCAGACGAGCAGCAGCCUACUGUGGGGCCGCACUACGUCAAACUGACGCCUGACCAGCAACAUCUCGUGGUGACCGACUACUUUGUCCAGACUGGUGACAUCGGCAUUGUCAACACACCAGCAGAUUACAGAGCUCUGUACAUCGACGUCAACAAUGACGGCUCGCUGAGUUUCAACAGGAGCAUUGACUUCUUGACCGAGUUCUCGAACCGCGGCGGCGGCAGGCCCCACUCUGCCGUCGUGUUCGACCUGACGGACCCGGAGAACCCGUUCUACUACUAGGAGGGGUAAGAUUCGCGGUGAGAUGUCGACAGGUCUUCGCGCUCGAUCCAGUCAAUAGUAUCACGUAGAAUUUGUUGCCUCUGCAAGGUUUAGCCACCACAAUCCCAAAAUGUUAAUUUGGGCUCGGAUAGCC